UUGUUUCGUUUAAAAAAUCUCUGCUUGAACUCACUACUAGUUGCUAGAUGCAUCUUUUUUCUGUUUGUCAGUAAACCAACCAGGAUAUAUUGCUGGGAAGUAGUAGCUCACCAGGUGCGUAGCUAGUGACAAUGAAAUGGCUAGUUCAAUACAUGAUUUUCAUUCUAUUGUUAUAUAAAUGGAGCAUGAGUACAGCAUCAUCAUCAUCACCAGAGAUAGCAAAGAAGAACUGUAUGUCGGUUUGCGGAGGAGUUAACAUCCCGUACCCUUUCGGGAUUGGACCUAAAAACCAUUGUUACUUUAACGACUGGUACGAAGUAGAAUGCAACCUUUCUGUUCCAGUAGCGAAGCCGGUCUUGAGACGUCUACAGCUGGAGGUAUUUCUGUUGAAAACAUCACGCUUUUGGUUGCGAGUCCUAUCACUUACUUUGGUUGCAAGGGGAAGCAAUCUCGGCCGGCGGCAAAUCUGAGCGGAAGCCCUUUCAUGUACUCGCUUGACAACAAAUUCGUUGCAGCCAGUUGUGGCUUCCUUGUCUCGGUUAUCUCAGGUCCAAACCAGACUACUGUUGCUGCGUGCUCGUCGAUGUGUGUUGCAGAUCGAAGUGUAGGCUACUGUGAUUGGGGCGUCAACUGUUGCUGGACUGGCAUUUCUCCAUAUCUUUCCACUUUCAGUGCUGUCAGAAAACAACAAGAUGAAACAAGAAAUGCGACGGAUUGCAAGGAUUAUGCAUUCCUGGUCAACCAAAAAUGGUUUGAAAAAAAUCUAUUAGGAAACACUGACGACAUCUUAAACUCUAGCGUUAUAAAGGGAAUGGACGUCGUUGCUGUAAACUUGGAUUGGGGCUUAAGCUUAACGAGAAACAAGUCAUUAAUCAAAUCGUUUGAAGCACUCGUCCACUCCCCAGAUCAGAGGAGCCUGAAUGACUCGAGACCUUCAUGCAUAAAAACUUUUGAUGUCCUGGGUCAAUGGUCUGAUUGGUAUCAAUGUGCGUGUCCGCCAGGCUUUGAAGGAAAUCCCUACCUUCUCCAACGUUGUACAGAUAUUGAUGAAUGCAAGGAUAGUAAUCCAUGCGUGGGUUCUGAUCUUAAUACAACUAAGGGCAUGCGGAAUAUUAGUAAUGCGAUAUGUAAGAACACAAUCGGGGGUCAUACUUGCUACUCAAAUAGAACAGGCCAAACCUGCGAGUUGUUUGCCGGAAAUAACGUAGCUCAAUGCUUCAAUAAAAGUAGACAUCACUCUCAGCUCAGGCCUAUUCUCUCUGGUCUUGGUGCUGGUAUUGGAUUAUUGUUAUUUCUCAGUGGUGCAUGGUGGGUAUACAAAGUUGCAAAGAAAUUGCAAAGCAUUAAACGUAAGGAGCUGUUCUAUAGACAGAAUGGCGGUUUAUUGUUAGAGCAGCAAUUAUCGUCCAGUGAUAUUAACGUCGAGAGAAUCAAAUUGUUCAAAUCCAAGGAGUUACAAAGUUCUACUAAUAAUUUCAGUGUUGAUAGAAUUAUUGGCCAAGGGGGGCAAGGUACUGUUUAUAAAGGCAUGCUGACGGAUGGAAAAAUUGUGGCUGUUAAAAAGUCUAAGAUUGUAGACAAGGCAAAUCUUUCAGAAUUCAUCAAUGAGGUUGUCAUUCUCUCCCAAAUCAACCACAGACACAUCGUUCAACUCUUGGGUUGUUGUUUAGAGACCGAAGUUCCUCUUUUGGUAUAUGAGUUUAUCCCUAAUGGAAACUUGUUUCAGUACAUUCAUGAACAGACUGAAGAGUUUCUACUUACAUGGGAGAUUCGUUUACGAAUUGCUACAGAAAUUGCAGGAGCUCUUUCCUACUUACAUACCUCAACUUCGUCUCCGAUUUAUCAUAGAGACAUCAAGUCCACGAACAUACUCUUAGAUGACAAAUACAGAGCUAAAAUUGCUGACUUUGGAACAUCAAGAUUAGUUGCCAUCGACCAAACUCACCUGACCACAAGAGUACAUGGCACAUUUGGCUAUUUGGACCCUGAAUACUACCAAUCAAGUCAAUUCACUGAGAAAAGUGACGUCUACAGCUUCGGAGUGGUGCUUGUUGAGCUCCUGACCGGAAAAAAACCAGUGACAAGGUCAGACGAAGAUGGAAUGUACAAAAGUCUCACCACAUAUUUCCUAAUGUCAAUGCAGGAAGAUUCUCUAUUUGACAUUAUUGAUGCUCGAGUGAUGAAUGAAGGCUCUAGAGAUGGUAUUUUGGUAGUCGCUAAUCUUGCCAAGAGAUGCUUGGCUUUGCACGGAAGGAAACGCCCCACAAUGAGAGAGGUCACAUCAGAAUUAGAGGCAAUCCAAUUGUCUGAGAAACCUUCCGGCCCUCAGGAAAGCUUUGAAGGGGUUGAACUUGACCGUGAUUAUCAAAUUGAGCAGUGGGAUGAUGUUGUUUCUAGUUCAACAAUGACAACUUGGGAAGCUGCUCCGACUACAUCAUCCAGUUGAAUUUCCCUUGAUGUUUGCGAAGAUAUGCUGAAUAAUUCGUUUCUGGUAAUGUUAAAAGUAUUUUGAAUUUGCUGCUUUUGACAUUUUAUGUUAUUUUCCUCUAAAUAUUCUUCUUUAGUGUGUGCUAUAUACUUUGCUAUUAGUGAAUGAUCACUAAACCAGAAACG